GUGCUGCCAGAGAAGAGCCGAUGUCCGUUGGGCCGAUCUUGUCUUCGUGUGCUGGUUUCUGUGCUCUAUUCUGGCUUGAGCUGGGAAGCGUGGUUUCGACGCUACGAGGAAGACUUAUGGGGUCUUGUCCAUGGCAGCAAUUGGACCGAGGCCAUAGCUGCGGAGUGGCCAAUCUUUCAAAUCCUUGCGCUCGUGGGCGACUUGUACGAAGGACAAACGUUCCCCGCAGACUGCCGAUCUGCCGAAGCUGACAUCGGGCGCUUGGCAGUCUUGCUGAAAAGCAAUGUGCAGGAUGCCACAGCGAUCAGGACGCACGCUGUACCUCUGCUGCGCCACUCCUGCGCCUUGGCCCGUGCUGGUGCUGCAGCUGCCCUGGCUUCUGCUGGGAUGCGAGUUUCUGGAGAGGUGGCACCUUCAAUGCCAGGUGUCGAUCCUUCGCUUCUGGCACAGAGUCAAGCAGCUCUGCGAGCUGCCAGCAAUCGGCAUCCCGAGGGGCCGAAGGCAUUAUUCACCCGACCUUUGCCCACAUUUCUCCUGCACUUGGACGCGGCGCAGACACGCUUGCGACGGCAGUGGCAGAAGCAGCGUGAGCGGCUCGACAUCGUAUAUUGUGGGCGUUUGGAAAUCGAGGAGGAGUUGCAAGAGCUGUGCGGCAACGUGCAAGGUGAUUGCAAGGUUCACUACCACCAGGAGUUGGAAACAACUCACUCGGGCACAUGCUUCCGGUACUAUCGGCAGGCAUCGCACGACAUCUCGAACAUGGAGCAUGAAGCUGCAAUAUCGUCGGCCGUGCUUGUGGUCAGUCCUUCUACUUGGAUGUGGAACGAGGAGCUAACCCAAGAUGUCAGACAGCUUUUGCGAGAGCGCCAGCGAUGGGCUCGGGACAUUGUCGUCGCGGGACUGCCAACCAUGAAUCGAUCACGCAUAUUCAACUGGCCAGUGCAGAGAGUUUGGCACAAAUAUUGGAAGCUGUCCUACGAAGAGUAUGCCACUGGUCACGAAACAUCGCCGUUCCUACCGAUGGCGCAGUUCUGGGCAGUAGGAGACACGACUUCUGGCACGCGCAUAUACAGCACAGCCGUGUUCAAGAGCCUGCUUGCAAGUCUGACCAGACGCGAGUCUGAGUACACUGCUGCUUUACCGCGGCAGGAAGGUGCUGGUGGACUUUCUGGUGGCAGCGAGGCCGCCGAAAACUGGCUCGUGAUGCUGGAUCUUCUUUCCAAAGAAGCUGGCCUCCGUGCCUACACAUUCCUGAAUGGGGCAUCUUUGGAGAAUGUGUACCAAUCAGCAGCUUCCCUUUCACCAGGACUGUCGAGAACCUUUCACAUCGAGGCGGCUCGAUUUCUCGCUCGGGCUGGUGCUCGAGGUCCGCUGCAAGAACACUGUCUUUUUCCGACUUCCGGCCUCGCGAGCAGCUUCACUCAGAAUCACGGCGUCGUCGUCAGUUGGUGCACCAGGAAGGCUUUGAAGGAGAUGUUCCGUGAUGUGGGUGGCUGGUGGCUAGCACUGGAUCCGCUCCGUCACAUCAUAGUGCCGGUUUCUGCUAGUGUACUCAACCUCUACAGGAGCGGAGAGACGGAAUUGUUCCCAUGGGAUGCAGACAUUGAUGCUAACUUCAUUGCAUCACACGGAAUUGUAAUCGGCGAGUUUCUGGAGAAGCACAAGGACACCUUGAGGACAAUGGGCUACGACUAUAUUCUGAGGGGCGAUCGCGUUGUCUUCAAGACCCUAGCUGAUACUGCUCGCAUGGACAUUUGGCUUUCGGGCCCGCAAGAGGUCCGAGCCUACGACAUCCGAGCCAGGCUUUGUGGGCUUCGCGUGAACUUCUUUCGAGAUCAACUUGCAGGUUCUGUGUGGUACUACCGGCCUGGUGAGAAGAUUUACGGCAACACCCGGGGACAGCUGCUUCACUGCCGGUGGAAGGGGCACAACGCUUGCCUGCCAGACUGUGUCCGGAAUGGCUUGGGCGUAGGUAGGGACGGCUGUGAAUUUCCUGACCGAUUUGUGCACCUGUCCGAGUGA